AUGGUCACCACACUAUUUUCUCGAGGGAUCCAUUAUUCUUCGAUCCUCAGAUCACAUUCGAAUCCUUUGGGACUCCCCAAGAUUCCUCGAAUGUCACAGAAUUUGCCGGUCAAGCUGGCAAUUCCUGGGGUAAAAAAGAUUUUGCUUGUGUCUUCUGGUAAAGGGGGUGUUGGAAAGUCGACAAUCAGUGCUAAUUUGGCUCUAUCGUUCCAGAAACUUGGUCUUACUGCCGGGCUUCUAGAUGCCGAUAUUUUUGGUCCCCUGGUUCCCAAGCUUUUCAACAUUGAUGGGGAGCCGCGGAUAUCUGAUCAAGGAAAACUCAUUCCGAAGACAAAUUACGGACUUCAGACCAUGUCCAUGGGGUACUUGAUACCUACUGAAGAGUCGGCAAUUGCCUGGAGGGGCAUGAUGGUGAUGAAAGCAUUACAGCAACUUCUUUUCGACGUUGCCUGGAGAAAUGUCGAUAUUUUGGUCAUCGACAUGCCCCCGGGAACAGGGGAUACUCAAUUAAGUAUUGGUCAACUUUUGAAAGUCAAUGGGGCUGUGGUGGUUUCCACUCCUCAGGACUUGUCGUUGAUCGACGCUAAAAAGGGAAUCACGAUGUUUAGGAAAAUGAAGAUCCCGAUCCUUGGAUUAGUGGAGAACAUGAGCUAUUUUGAAUGUCCAAAUUGUCAUCAUGAGUCUCAUAUUUUUGGGAACUUGGGGGUGCAAGCCGAAGCAAAGAAGCAAGAGGUCGAGUUAUUGGGUUUCUUGCCUUUAGUCAAAGAAGUCAGGGAACAAAGUGACUUAGGGAAACCGGUUGCCGUAUCAAAUGCGUCGCUGGAAGUUAGUUUGAAAUUUUUGGAAAUCGCAAAGAAGGUGGCGAGCAAGUUGUGA